CGAGGUGACUGGUUGUUCCCGGUCAGCACAUCUCCGGUGGAUCCCCUCUCGGUUAACGCCGUCGUCCGUCACUAUAAAUCAACCAUCUUUAGUCAUCACUGGCCUCCACCCCCUACACUCACUCUUCAUCAUCACACAGGAAAGAGUGCUACACAGAGAGUAAAAAGGUAGGAUUUCGAUUCCAAUUCGUGUUUCCUGCGCAAAAUCCUUCUCUUCCGGCGAUCAAAUCGAUCGGCGAAGCCAAAUGGGAAAGCCGUGCGGCCGCGAUUGGAUGCAGAUCUACUCGAUCUACGGCACCGACGAAUGGCAAACAGUAGCGUUCCUCAUCUUCCACUCAUUCCUCUUCGCCCUCCUCUCCCUCCUCCUCCUUAUCUACUUCAACCCGUUUCUCCUCUCCAUUCACUCCCUCCUCCCCUCCCUCCCUCUUCCUUUCCUCCGCUUCGCCGCCGGUUUCUCCGGCUCCGUCCUAUCCCUCUCCUCCCUCUGUCUCCUCUUCGCCGCCGCCAACGUCCUAUAUUCCUCCCUACCCCUGCGCUGGCUCAUGGCCCAACGCAUGCUCGCAGCCGUCCCCAACUGGUUCGCCGUCCGAACCGCCCUAGAUCUCGGCUGCGGUCGUGGCAUCCUCCUCAACGCCGUAGCCCUCCAGCUCAAGAAGGAAGGCAGCUCUGGCCGCGUCGUUGGUCUAGAUCGCGAUCGAGACACGGCCGUUUCCGCCCUCCUUCGCGCCGGCGCCGAGGGUGUUCAGGAAUACGUGACUUGCCGAGAGGGCGAUGCGCAUCGCCUUCCCUUUCCCGACGGGUACUUCGACGUCGUGGUCUCCGCCGUGUACCUCGGCCGCCAGGGCGAGUCAGCAGUGGAGAGGGGGAGGGGGAUCGGGGAAGUGGUCAGGGUUUUGAACCCCGGAGGGAUAGGUGUUUUAUGGGAUUUGGCUUGCGCGGCGGAGUUCGCACAGAGGCUGAAGGAUAUGAGGAUGGAGGAGGUUAGGGUUUCGGAGAGGGUAACUGCGUAUAUGGUUGGCAGCCAUAUCGUGUCGUUUCGGAAGCCGAUCACAGACUCCAUAGAAGAUUGGAGAGCUAACAUUUGCUGAAGAUUGGAGACCAUAACUGGUAUGUGAGUGUUUGAUACUGUCUCUUUCACACUCUUAAGUCCUAUCUUUUUCUACAUCAAUUUCUUGUUUCUUCGAUCUUACAGUUUGGUCUCCUGCCAUCAUUAACUGUGAUGGUGGGUUAGCUCUAUACUCUAUAGAAUAGCAGAGGCCCUCUCGAAGAGAGGUGGCUCUUAAAUUAAUUAGUUAUUUGCAGGUAUUUUGAGUCUUUACUGAGAGAUGAAACUUCCCUUGCUUUGUGUGUUUGGCGUUUGCUGAAGAAAUUUCUCUUCUUUAGCUAAAGUAUAGGUUGUUUCACAAAUGGAAGCUUUCUUUCAGUGUAAAUUUGUGUUUUUUAUGUGAGGAAUUAUGUGUAUGAAUGUUCUACACAGAUUAAGUACAAGCUUGGAUAUACAAUUUUGUUGA